GAAACGGUGAACUCAGAGGUGCAUGUACGGCCAAAAGCGCGUCCAACGCGUGCAGCAAAUUGCUGCAGUGAAACCGAAAGAGCAAAACGAGAGAGCGAGAGAGCAAGAGAACUAGUAGAAGGUAAACGUGUGUUUGUGAUGUUCGAUUGUUGAUGAGGUGUAGUGAAAAUAUGUGAUCCAAAUUGUCCAAACACGAAAUCGCUCCGCUGAAGCAAAGGAAAUGAAACGUACUUAAAGUGACCAUUGCAUGCGUUUAUAGAAUGUUUUAAAAUCGAAAUUUUCGUACCGAUCCAGUGCGUCGAAGGAGCCAUUGACCCGAAAGAAAAGGAAAACACGGGCGCCGAAGGAAGAAGGAAGCAAAUGGUCUCGCAUUGAACGCGACGCAUGGAAGGAAAAUUUCUUACACAAGGUGUAUACGAUUGAAUUGCGAUGCUGCACAAAAUGAGUUAUUAGAUGCGCGAAGCAGCAGCAGUCUCGCGAGUCUGUGUGUGUGUGUGUGUACGAUUGUGUUGUUAUUUGCGUGGAGAGGAAAAUUAAUUUCACCGCGCGCGCGUGCAUUCGUUUGUGUGAGUGCGGUUGAGUCGCGGUGUGCGUGCAGCGUUUUGAUUGGUCGCGUGUUUUGCGGAGAGGAGAGCAAAUAACAACCAACCCGUCACAGUACGCGGUGGGAAAGCGGUGUGUUUUUCCGCGUGGUGGUGUGAAGAGGCGGCGAGGGACGAGUUUCCCACGAGGCACCGCGAGCGGCAGCGGCGUGUCAAAUCGCGCGCGCGCGCCUGUGUGUGUGUGUGCGUGUUUGUGUGUAUGUGCGGUACGACGGGAAAUGGUUAACCGCGGAUAUGAGUGCCGAUGUUAGUGCCCAAUGGAGAUCGCUCGGAUUCAACGGUACAUCCGACGGUUGCGGGCCCACAUCACCGCCGACACACUCGGCCCUUCCUGAUCUCAUACCGAUUGCGGCCACCGGCGGCCCAACGACCACCAGCAACAACAACAAAUCGUCCAUCGUGGAGGUGGAAACCGCCAGUGGGGUCGCCGGGGAAAAGCAGAUCAACCAUAACAACAACAUCGUCGACGUCGGUCGGCUGGCCGGCGGGGGCGGUACGAGUGGCGACGAUGGGUGUGCCAGCAGCUCGGAGGAGUUCAACUGCGAGCUAGUGCUGCGGUCCCUCGACCUAGGGGGUGGCGGGGGCGAUGGGCUCGGGGCGGCCGAAUCGAACACCGACCGGGAUUCGGGCUUCGAAACGCCCUCGCUAGACACAACGAUUCCCUGGGAGACGACACCGCCACCACCACCACUACCACCACCAUCGUCGUCGAAGCCGGAAGUUGGGGUCGAAGCGGGAAAACAUCGCCUUGGGUCGGAGGAAGCUGCGGCCGGCGUUGGUGGCGCUGGCCAACAAGGACAACACUAUGUAGCGCACGUUGUUGCAGGGGAAUGCAGCGAGUCCAAGGAUACGAAGUUGAUACUGAGGCGACGCAACGUCACAUCGCCUGCCUCGGUGGAGCAACCGGAAGUGUCCGUUGCAACGAUGGCCGGUACGUUGCAGCCUCCAACACCGGCGGUGGCCAUUGUGAAAACCGAAUGCGAUGACGUCGUCGAAAGCGCGGAGCAUGCCGUCGUCGUCAAGCGAGAAGUGGUGGACGGUGGUGUUGGCCAGGAGUUGACGUCUCCGGUCGUUCCGGUUGCAUCGCAACACCCACCACCAACACCACUACCGACACCGCAAGCAGUACAGAAAGCUCGCCGAAAAUCGGCCGCCGCCAAAGAUGACCCCCUGCCGCAACCGCUCGAACCAAAGGAGCACCGGAAGUCGAACCGGCGGAGACAGUUCACCGAUCGGACCAUCGACACGCUCUGCCUGCCGGAGAUUUUCUUCAACGCGCGCGUCCGCCCGAAACCGAAACCAAAGGUUCCGAAGCAGCGCGGCCCAAAACCGGGCGCAAUCGCGCGCAAACGUGCCAUGGCUGCAGCCGCCUCCGGUGCGGCAAAGCCAACCGCCCCGAGCACUACACCGGCGGUGAGGCCGAAAUCGCGUACCGCCACGCCGAACCCGGUGGCCGUGGUACGCGCCCGUUCCAGCACGCCCGGGGCCAGCUCGGUCAAGUCGCGCAGCAGCUCGUCCUGCUCCCUGAAGCUGCCGCCAAUGGCGCGAACGAGCACCCCGACGGCGGUGGCCGCCAGCACGAACAGUACCACAGUUCCUAGUGUAAACCCCAUCUUCCUGUUCGUGAAGCAGGAGGACACACGCAUCGUCGAGGUCCGGUGCGAGGACUACGACAAGCGCAACCGUAUACGAUUAACGCGCACCGGUCCGGGCAGCUGGCGGGCGAUACCGCGCACCGACACCAGCUCGUCGGUCGUGUUUUCCCUGCUGCCGCCAACCCCACACCACCAACAAUCGUCCGCCGAGAGUGGCCACGAGGGUGGUCAGGAGACGGAGGAGGAGGAGGAGGACGAUGGGGAGGACGGCGACACAUCGAACGCUAGCUGUGGCCGCCGCUCGGUACCGCUGGACACCGGCUGUUCACCAAACAAUAACAACAACAACAACAACAAGUACAAACUGGCUGCGAAAGCCCAGCAAGAUAGCAGCAAUCACCACCUCCACCACCAUCACCACCAUCACAAGCACCACAAGAAGACCAAGAAAAAGAAGAAGAAGAAACGGUACGGCGGGGAGCUGGUGGACGGCAGGAGUAGCAGCUGCAGUACAGCGACCGGGACUUCCACAGCGAGCGGAGGCGGCGGUGGCGGCGCCCUAACGAGGAUACCACGGAAGGUGACGUUCAGCUUGGGCGUAAAGCAGGAAAGGCUUGAAACCACGAUGGUGACGAUCCCGGCGCCGGAGGAAAUGAACGGCACCGUCCGCUCGUGCGACGACCGGAAGCAGCAAGUGUUCGGUCGGAUACGCACGACCACGGCGGUGGAGGAGGAUGCGGCUGCGGCGGCGGCAGCGACAGCGACAGCAGCAGCAGCGGCAGCAGCGGCGGCGGAAGAACGCGACCGAGAGGAAGCGAUAGCGGAGCUGAUAAGGAACUAUCACGAGCAGCAGCAGCGGCAACUGCAGGAACUGCAGGAAAAGCUGCAGGCCAGCCGGCGUAGCGAGCUGCUGUCGGUGGGAGGUGGCGUCACUGGAGGCAAUAGUUGUACCGGCGAGUCCGGAACGAGCAAUCACAACAACAACAACGUUACGAAUGGUAACGGCGAUAAUCAUCCUAGCGUUAACGGUGCGACAACCAGCGGCGAGGCCACGGCGAGUGGUGGUUUCUUCCAUUCGAAGCUGCACGAGGGCAAUAGUAGCAGUAGCAGUAGCAGUAGUUGUAGUAGUAAUACUAGUAGUAGAACCAGCAGCAAUAGCAACGGUGGCGCGGUGGAGCAGCUGGAGGGCGCCCCAAACACAAGCAAUAGCAAUAAGCGACAGGUCGAACGGAACGAAAACAAUCAAAAGAUGGAACUGCUCGAAUUGGACAAUGACGACGAAGGGGAGCAUCAGCGUACGACGACGAUGGUGCUCGACGAUGACGACGAUGUGCAGGAAGUGCACGGUUCGACGCUGGCAGCACUGGCACGCACGGCCGACCGGGAGUGGCCGAUUGCGAUGAAGUCCUCGGAGAUGAACGCUCGACGAAACCGCCGUUCCAUCGAGUCACAGAUACCAUCAAGCAUCAUCCCGGUGCAACAGCGAUGCAACAAUGGCGCUGGUGCGCAUGUGCCAAUGGGGGGUCGACGCUUGGGGACGGUCCUGAGUGUCGACGACGACGACGAGGAGGAUAUACGGGGCCCGAACGUGGACGCGGACUUGAUUGCACUGGAUGAACUUGGGUUGAAUCAACACCACGAACACGAGGACGACGACGAUGUGCAGUUGCUAGAGGACGGUGGCGGAGGACCCAGUUCGUUGGAAGCCUUUGACCACAUGCUGCAGCAGCAACAGCAGCAGCAGCAUCAUCAUCACCAUCAUCAUCACCACCACCACGCGCUGUUCGACGAUGUCGAGCUGGUGGUGGAGUCAUCGUCGUCCGCGACACCAGCACCCGGUUCCGUUGGUGUGCGUGCGAAGGAAGCUGGGGAACGGCGGCCAUCGUCGUGCACUAACGCAUCGUCGGCGGAUGCGGAUGGUAGUGCACUGCUGCUGCUGCACACACAGACGGCCGCACUGGCGGCAGCGGUAGCAGCGGCGGCGGCCGCCGCGGCAGUUGCCGCCACCUCUGACGGCGGCCCCGUCGUGGAAAUCGACGACGACGAAGUGUGCGUUCUCGAGCAGAAGCGACGUACACCAACACCAUCAGCAUCGCUGCAAGGAGGAGGAGGAGGAGGAGGAGGAGAGCAACAGCAGGAUCAACGCUCGAAAGGAGUCAACGACGACGACGACGACGAUGGCAAUACAACAACGAUGGCGACGACGACGACGACGAUGAGCGCCAUCGGCCCGGAUUGUGUAGCAACGAUGGCUGGAGGAACCACUACGACGACGACGACGACGACGACCACAAUGUCCUCGACUUCGACUGCGAAAGGGAUGGCGGUGGCGAGUGGGGAAGGGCAUGGUGGUGCAGAUCGGACGAAAUCGGCUUGCACCGAGAACGCGGAAGUGCAUCCACCGCACAUCACCAUCAGUAGUGAUAGUGAGCUCGACGAUGACGAUCCGAAGCACGAGCUGCAGCACCAGCAGAACCAGCAGCACCUUCAGCAGCAACAGCAGCAGCAGCAGCAGCAACAACAACAACAGCAGGAACAGCAUCAACUUCUUCAACAUCUGCACCACCACCAUCACCAUCAUCUGAGUGCGGAGUUUGGUGACCUGAUCGAGGGUAUCGAGGGCGAGCUGCAGGCAUCGUCGUCCUCCACCGGUGGCCAUUCCGCCGCGGACGACCUGCUGAAUGCGGCAGCGGUGGCAGCAGCAGCAGCAGCAGCGGCGGCGGCAACGAGCUGCGGCGACAGUGGUAGUACGAUGACCGGUGCCGAGCUGCUCGACUCGCUGGUAGAGCAACAACAACAACAACGCUGCACAGACAAUCAUCACCUUAGCUCCACCGGUGCUGCUCCUGCUGGUGGUGGAGGUGGUGUGGAGGUCUCCAAGAGUAACAGCAACGCGACCUCCUCCUCAUCCGCGGGUGCGAUCUACACGAUCGCGGACGACUACAACGACGACGACGACGACGAUGUGCUGCUCGAGCCGGAACCGGUGGCCGACAUCAUCUCGCGGCUAGGCGAAUCCCUUAGCACCUCGCCGAAGUGUCUGUCGUUCAACGAGGCGGGAGAAAUCGAAGGACUCACCGGGGAUCUGUUCGAUACCAGCACGCACCACUCACUGCACGGCGGCGGCAUGGACUGCGACGGGGUGGACGAUCUGCUGCCGAAUCCGUUCGCGCCACCUCCGAUGAAGAAGCAAACGCUAGCGACGACCCCUGCGGCGAUUGCCGCCUCAUCGCAGCAACCACAAUCGGCGGAAGUUCCCAUAGCGACGAGCAGUAGUAACGGAGACGGUGCAACGUCGACGGCUACUACGACCUCUAGCAGCGGCGGUAGUACCAGCACCUCCAGUACUACCACACUCGAGGACGAACUGUCGAUCACGAUCAAGGACCUAACGGAGGCAAGUGAACACGCGAGUUCCUAUUUUAACAAGUGUAGUGAGGCGGCAACCACCACCACCACGGUAGCGGCGGCGCUGGCGGCGCUUCCUUCCCCGAAGGACGCAUCCGCUACCCCGGGUGGUGGUGGUGGCGGUGAUGGAAGUGUUAGUGCCACCAGUUCAGUGACUACCACUACGUCCACGGCGAAGGAGCUCCCGAUCGUGGAGGCUCCGAUAGUGAUAUCGCCCGACUCGUGCCAACAGGAGGAACUUCCAAAGGAUUUAAGUUGCCGCAAGCGGAGUCUCUCACCCUCGCCGCGGCCCGUGUCGCACAGCUCCGACGCCAUUCAGUCCCCGCAACCGAGUGGACUGCCGGCGGUGCCACCGUCGCCCGAUCUCUUCCUCCAGCCAAAGUCCAUCUCGGGAUCCAGUUCCUCGAACAGCUCGACCGCGUCCAGUGUAAUCGAGGCACUGAUGUCUCAGGCAGCGGCCGCCGUUGCCGCCGUUGCCAAGAGUUCGCGCGCAAUCGCCGGGGCGGGUGGUGGCGGUGGGUCCGGUACGACCACGAGUACGGCCACGAGUACGAGCAGUAGCUCGGUGGCGACCACGACCACGAGCAAACCUCCCGCGACCGUGCAGCAGAAGGAACCGCUUGACCUAGGUAAGUGCCGGAAAUCGGCGAGUCCGACGGUGAGCUGCUCGGAGGAGGCGAAGCGACUGUCGUCUUCGUCCACCGCAUCGUCGUCCUCAUCCUCCCACCAUCACCACCAUGUCGGUGGGCUGGCGACGGCCCACGAGGACACGGCCGAACCGAAGGCGAAGCGAAUCAAAACAGAUCCCGAGCAGCAUACGACCGGUGGAAGUAAGACCGGUGGUGGUUCCUUGUCGUCGGGUGUUCCUUCCACGGUUACUACGACGGCCACGGCGACCAGCGGUGCGAGUGUGGCCUCGCUGAUAAGUGCGAUGGCAGGAAGUGGUGGCGGUGGAGGCGUUAGCCAUUUAGGAUCUCCGGUAACUCCAACGACACCGUCGGCCUCAUCGUCGGCCGGAGCGGGAUAUACCAAUCUGAACGAUUCCGCACGCCUAGUAGAGAUGCUCACAUCCGGCAACGAUCCGGAUCCACUGACACAACUUCGACUCCUCGUUGGCAAUCCCGCCUGGAAGGUUCCCGAUCCGCUGCUCGUGCCCAAAGACCGAUUGAACGCGGUACUGGCAUCACCGGCACGGGAAAUACCACUGCUUCUUACCACACGCCCGGAACUUCGACUCCCGGAAGCCUUCGCGUUCCCCAACAUCCUGCAGGACCCGGACAUACUGGUAAUUUCGUUGCAGCAGCUUGAAACGAUUCUGCAAACGCAGGAAGAGCUGGUGAAGUUGAAGUCCAAAUCUUCCUCCCUCGAUGUAACCGCGUCCACGGUGGCUGCCGCAGCGACACCUCCAGCGCCGUCCAGCAAGAAAUCGCACACCCCGGCCACUCCGACGACACCGGCCAGCCCACUGGAGACGCUCAAGCAGACACUUUCGGCGCAGGCCGCCAAGCAGAACCCGAUGAUGAGUUCGCUGCUAGCGUCCGGGCUGGCGGGUGACAUCGAUGCCGCCACGACGGCGGCUUUCAACCAGAUGCUCUGGAUGCCAUACCUCGGCCAGAUGGGACAGUUUGCGCCUGAGUUGCUGAAAGCCAUGAUGAACCUGCCGGCGACGGCUUCGGCAGCCACGGUUGCUGCGGCGGCCGCCGCCUUAGGUGGAGCGGCCGGUGCCGGCACGGGCAACAGCCUCGCCGACAUGCUACCCUUCAUGGGCCCUCGGUUCCAGGACUUUUGCGGAAUGCCACCGUCGACCGCCACCAGCCCGUUGGAGUACAAGCGUCAGCUAGAGCUCGCCAUGCUUCAGGAAGCGAUGACUACCGCCAACUUGCAGCAGCGCAAGCAGCAGGAAGCGGCCCAGAAAAAGGCAGCAGCUGCAGCAGCUGCAGCCGCCGCGGCGGCCGCCGCUCACGUCGACCGAAAGCCCGUGAUCGGCCCGAAGACACUGGAGCAGCAACGUUCCGUAGCGGCCGUUACGGCGGUUGCCAACAUGUUCCAGCAGAAGAAGGCAGCUGCUGCCGCUGCCGCUGCAGCCGCCGCGUCAAACAUUAUCAACCCACUCUCGAUACCUCAGUUCAUGACACCACCGACGCUUCCGCACGGGAACAGCAGCCGGUAUGGCGGUGCCUCCGGACCCGGUGGUGGAAGCUCACGCACAUCGGCGGCACUGUUGCAGCAACAGCAGGCACAGCAAGCCCUCCAACAGCAACAGCAAGCCCUCCAGCAGCAACAAUCUUUCAAUCCGAGUGGCUUCAAAAACAUGGCCAACCUGAUGAACCAAGCGGCGGCGGCUGCGGCCGCGUCCGGUGGUCGACAACACCAAGGCUCUGGAAGCUCCCACCGACAGCAGCUUACCGCGUUGCAAAAGGCAAAACUGCAGCAGCAGCAGCAGCAACAUCAGCAACAGCAACUUCAGCAGCAACAAGCUGGUAACCUCGGUGCUGCCGGAAUGUUCGGUUCGGUGGCGGCCAACUCGUUCCUCAAUCUUCCGACCAACUUCCAGGAGUUCCACGAGCAGCAGCAACAGCUCGCUCGCAAGCUCCAAAAAGAGCAACUCCACCAGCAGCAGCAGCAGCAGCAACAUCAGCAGCAGCAGCAGCAGCAACAGCACCAUCAUCACCACCAGCAACAGCAACAGCACUCUCAGCUGCAGCAAUUGCAUCUACAACAGCAGGCGCAGCAACAGCAGCAGCUUUUGCAGCAACAGAUGCAACAGCAUCACCAUCACCAAGAGGAACAAAAGCCGCGGGUGACGUGCAAAUCGUUGAUGAAUCUGCUGCAGCCUGAAAAGCAACAGCAACUCCACAAACAGUCCGGUUCGGGAAGCGGCGGUGGUAGCGGCAGCAGUAGUAGCGCCUCAAGCAAACUGGCGAACCUCAUGGCCAUCCCCGGGAUGGACCUAUACACCGCCCAGCAGCACGAGCAGCUUCAGCAGCAAAUGUUCCUUCAGCAGCAACAGCAGCAGCAACAACAGCAGCAACAACAACAACAACAACAUCACCAGCAGCACAACUUCCUCCAGCAGCAGCAACAGCAGCAACAUCUUCUGCAGCAGCAGUCCGGGAGUGCGGGUGGCGGCUUACACCAGCAGGCAAAGUUGAAGGUGAAACCGGGCCUGCAUUUGCUGGAUCCGGCGGCCGUCCAGAGGCGGCUGCUGAACACCGACGAGCUGGCCGAAGUGGGUAGCACCACCAACGGGCUGGACGACACGACCGAUCUGUCCUCGCCCCUGUGGCAUCCUUUGUUUGGCAGUGCCCAAAAAGGAUUGGCCGCGGCCGCAGCGGUCGGGGGGGUAGGAGUUCCACCGGUUGGAGCGGGCGCUGGUAGCCUUUCGUUGACCGGCAGCAGCACAUCUGGCAGCAGCAGCAGCAGCGGCGGCAGCAGUGCCGGUUCGGCCGGAGUUCCUGGUGCCGUCGGAGGAGCCGGGGGAGGAGGAGUAGGUGGUGGAGGCGGAGGCGGAGCAAACAGUUAUCACAGUCCGUGGCAAUGGACGACGAUAACGGCCACGGGUGAAUGA